GCAUCUAGCCUGCCGGAAAUAAAGAGGAAGAAGAAUCUUAAGAGAAAAAACACUGAGAAAAAACCGUCGGCUAAGUAAUAUUUUUGGUUCAUAUUUAUCUCCUUAUCUAGAUCUUUUGACGAAGCUAAGGUAAUAACUCAUGUUACUGAUGACUGAUGACAAAAAGGCGGUCAGUUUUAGACUUAAUCGUCUUAAGCACAAGCCAGAAAUCAACAUUGGGAGUGUAACGUUAGCUUUAGCCACUAGCUCUAUAGUUUAACCAGCUACAGCUACUGGACCAACAUCACAUGCCUCACUCCGUAUAAAAUGUUUUGGGGGUGCAGAUGCAGAAAGUAAAACAGCUUUACCUGCUCUGUCCUCGCCCAGCAUAUUUUCACAUACAGUUUAGUUAAAUGCGCAGUGCUGUGUUUUACGUCCCUGCUUUCAACACGGUGACUGUAUUAGCAGCAGCUGUCUCAAGCACAUCUUAAUGGAAAACCGAGCCUCACACAGGACUUACAGUUUGUGGUCACUGGCACAGAAAUGCUCCUAAGUUAAAGAUUUAAAAAGUCCAGACAAAACCUUCUCUUCUUAACUCUGGAGUGAGAACAUUUUUCACCCACCAAGGCUACCUGGAGUUGUUGGAGAAGGAACUUUUGUUGGUUGUCAACUUGUUUCCUAUAAGCAGCCCUGAUGACUGCUCUGGGCUACUUCACUGCUGCCAGUGAGCAGGAUGCAACCUGGAUUUAUACAGCAGAGCAGUCCAGACCUCAGACAAGCAGCGUACUCAGCGGAGAGGAGGCCAGACAGUUCUACGAGAGUUUAACAAAAGACGAUGAAGGACCGGAGAAGCAGAGGAGCACGGCUGGCCAGAGACAAGAUGGGAGAGUGCAACAGAGUAGACAGGGAAGCAGAGAGAGCAGCAGAAGAGUGAGGAGGAGGAGAAAUAACCAUAGAGACGUGCAGCAGGGUCAGACAGAUACUGCUGUGGAAAGAGGGAUUGAUGGUGAAGGUGAAGGCGUCCAGAGGGGAACGGUAACAAGACAGGGAAGUGACUCUGAAAGGUCAACAGAGCUGCAGGGGCUGAAGCUGCUGCGCUGCGCCCAGGAGGGAGACCUGUCUGGUCUGAGAGAGCUGCUGUCCAGAGGCGUGGACAUCAACUUUCAGGAUAGUUUCUUCUGGACAGCUGUGAUGUGUGCGAGCUGGGCAGGACAGAGGGCUGCCCUGAGGCUGCUGCUGCAGCGAGGAGCAGCCUGGGUCGGGGUGGUUGACACACAAGGCAGGGAUGCCCGGGAACUGGCUUUGGCAGCUGGCCACCAGGGGGUGUUGGAGGAGUUGGAGAGCUUUGGAAGAAGUGCACAGCAGGACACACGACCUGACAGCAGUGCCCCCGAGCCCCAGUGGUGUCAUGUGUGUGAGAGCCAGUACAGCAGCAGUUUGUCGUCACAUCUCUCCUCCACCCUGCACCAGUUCAGCCUGCGCCAUCCUCAGCCCACCCCCCACUACUGUCUGCCCCCCUCCAGCGCCAGCUACAAGAUGAUGGUUCGCUGUGGCUGGAACCCAAGAGCAGGGCUGGGGCCUGAGGGAGCGGGGCCCAUGCAGCCUGUGCCAACUGUGCUGAAGAGAGACCAGAAAGGCUUGGGCUAUGGACCAAUGAAAAGAGCCAAAGUUACUCACUUCCAGGCCAAGGAUCACGAAGCAGUGAAAGCAUCAUCCAAGGAGAAGGAGGAGAGGGCAGGGAGGGGAAAGAGGAAAGAAGAAAGCAAAAGAAAGGAGGAAAAGGAUAAAAACUGGGAAAGAGAUUUUCGUGCCUCUUUUUAUCUUUGACAUCUGUUCCCAGAUUUGACUUUAUUACACUUGAUGUUGAACUCGUGUUUACUUAACUCCCGGAAAGUAUCUGAUUGAAAAAUUAUUUACUUCCCUUAAAAGACUGCACAGUGGAUAUUGGGCUGCUUUCUGUUCAAAUAUUUAGGUGUUAUUGAAGUAGCUGAGAGUUUGUUUUUUUUUAUUUGAGCGUAAUCUGAAUGCUACUGAUAAUCUACCUCAAAGCUGAUAAUCACUGUGCUUUUAUAGAAUGAGUGGCACCAAUGUGUGCAGGUUAUGUAAUGACCCAAUAAAGUGGCACUGAGUCAUUUGCUCUUUAUUGGGAUUGUGUUUGCUAUAUGUUAUCAACCUUCUAAGACAGCUAUUAAAACUACAGCCUUGCCCUGAAAACCC